AUGACCUUGUACAAUCCAAACUUUGUCCACGACGAGAAGGCCUACCAAAUUCCUGAACGCAGUCUGUGUCAAGGUAUCAUUGACGCUCAUAAAGAUUUCAUGUCCGUAUGGUUAAUGGAGUCGAGCUUGAAGAUAUGGGUUCGAGUUUGGUUGGUCCUUCUCACGGCUGGUAUCAUGGCUCCUUUUGCAUUCUUGCCACACCCGUUUGCAAUCACCCAAUUGGUGGGUGUGGCUGUCGUCUUUGUUUUAAAUGGUCGCGAGUUGGUUCGUGUUCGUGGGGUGAACAAGAACAUGGGCUGGCCUCAUCUGAUUGGUUUUGUUCCAACCAUUGUGGUCGGUAUUCUGUCUUUGACUACAGACAGUAUUGGCAACGAUGGAAAGUUGGCUUGGGAUGCUGCUGGUGACGACACCUACAAGCAAGCCAGAUUUAUAAUUGUUUGGUACUCUAUCGUUGUAAUCUUCAUCUGCAUUUUGUUUGAUAUUGUUGACACGGUAUUGUAUUACAAAUACAACAAGACAAACAUUGAACGCUCUGCUUGGACGACACGCCAGCUAAUCCAGAACGAAGAAUCUUCUCCCGACAAAGUUGAGGGAGUGUAA